UUGCUUUGCCAUGUUAUAGUUUUCAUUGUCAUUCGACCACAGCACAACGUGCAAGUCUAGCUAGACCUAGGAGACUUCGACACGAAAACAAACUAUAGGAAAUAAAACAUGUCUGCAACACAGAAAAUGUUUACCUGCAGUGGCUUUAUGCUCGUCGCCAUGCUAGCGGUGUUCGCAAGAGCCGUACCUGUUCCGGUGCCCGAAGAAGCACAACCAGUCGAAUACAGACAAUUCGUGUCUACCCAAGUGAUGGCUGAGUCCGCCAACGAACCGGCACCGUCCGUAUAUCGAACUGUGCAAGUCGACCCCGCAGUGGUCAGGCCUGUCCGGUCAGCCAGUCCGUUCCUCGGCAUCUUCGGUGGUUACGAAAAACCAUACAAGUCCCAGCACCACCAUCACCACUCUCAUCACGAAGAGCAAGAGCACGAAUACGAACAUGAAUACCACCAUAGGCCCCAAUACCAUCAUAAGCCACAACACCAUCACCAGCAACAACCCCAACAUCACGGUGGUAAUAGCGGUGCGGGAAGUUUCGCAUCGGCGGGAAGUUUCGCUGGUGGCCACGGUGGAGGUCACAGCCAAAGCGGAGCCAACAGCCAGUCCGCCAGUUUCGGGUUUGGUCCGUUCCAGGCCAGUUAUUCGGCUAGUUCGGCGCACUCGGGCAGCCAUUCUAACGGAGGAUAUUCAGACUAUUGAUUACUACUUCCAAUCAAGUUCAUUUGAAUUCUUAGCAUGAUAAUUUAAUAAUUGUGAUUUUUAAUUUAUUUGUUUAUAAUUUUUAUAUUACCUACUAUUAUAUCUGUACUACCUACUAUCUACUAUGUAUAAUAUUAUGAUGUAUAUAUGGUGCCAUCAAAAAAUGUAUUUAAUUUGAAUUUUAUUAUUAGCUUUUUGAAUGGCUAUAAUAAUAACGUAUUAUGCAUUUUUAAAUGAUCUUCAAUGAAAUCUUUUAUGGCAUUAAAUAAUUUUUUUGAUAAAAAA